GACACUCUGUUUUUUGUCGGCACAAAAAUCCAUUCCGCUCCUUCCAAUUUCAUCAAAUUAUUAGUUUUUUUUUUCUUCCUCUUCUUAAAACAAGAAAUCCCACUUUCAAAAGAUCGAUCUUUCUCCAUUUUUCCCCCCACUUAGAUUUCCCGGCCAAAACAGAGCUCCCGCCGCCGUCCGUGGAGGCCGGAAAAUGAUGAAGAGAACACCCAAUCACAAUCACAAUCACAAUCACAAUCGCAAUGUGGUUAAUGGUAAAGCCGCACAAUCAUCCUCAACGACGUCGUUUUCUUCUUCUUCCUCUGCCGCUACCGGCGACGAGCCAUUCGACUGGGAAAUGAGGCCCGGCGGAAUGCUGGUUCAGAAGCGAACUGACAAAUCCGAGUCACCGGCACCCAUUCUCCGCCUCAGAGUCGCAUUUGGCGCCGUCCGAUUCGAGAUCCCCAUCAGCUCCCAAGCCACAUUCGGGGAGCUGAAGAGGGCGCUGACGGCGGAGACAGGGCUGGAGGCGGCGGAGCAGAAGGUGAUUUACAGAGGGAGAGAGAGGGAAAACGGGGAGUAUUUGGAGGGCUGUGGAGUGAAAAACAGAUCGAAAGUGGUGUUGGUUGAGGAUCCGGCCAGCAUUGAAAGAAGAUACACAGAAACCAAAAGGAACGCUAAGAUGCAGACCGCUCAUCGGGCCAUUUCCGCCGUCUCCAUGGAACUUGAUAAGCUCGCCGACCAGGUUUCUGUAAUGGAAGAAUCAAUAUCAAAUGGAAUCAAGGUUCCUGAAAUUCAGAUCACCACACUGAUUGAGAUGCUGAUGAUGCAAGCCAUCAAGCUUGACACCAUUGCUGCAGAAGGAGCUGCUUCCACUCAGAAAAUUUUGCAGGGGAAGAGAGUGCAGAAAUGUGUUGAAAUGCUUGAUGUUUUGAAGGUUAGAAAUGCAGGGGUGGAAGUUGUGAAGCCUGUGAUUGUUACAACCAAAUGGGAGACGUUUGAUCACUGGCCAUCUCUUAUUGAUCUUUGAUCCUUGUUUUUUUCAUAUGUUUUCGAGUUUUCGAGGUAACCGAACGACGAAACGGACAGUUGGAAUGGUUUAAGGUUCCUGCUGAAUUAUUGAAUGGUUUAAGGUUCAAACAGUACACUAAAACUAAAGCAACUGAGCUAGUAAUCAAUUACUUCUAUGUUUCUCAA